GGAUCGAGGCUCCAGCGACCAGGACCCGCCCAACAUGGCAUCGGAGAGCGGGAAGCUAUGGGGUGGCCGGUUUGUGGGCUCUGUGGACCCCAUCAUGGAGAAGUUCAACGCGUCCAUCACCUAUGACCGGAACUUGUGGGAAGUGGACGUGCAGGGCAGUAAGGCCUAUAGCCGGGGCCUACAGAAGGCGGGGCUGCUCACCAAGGCCGAGAUGGAGAAGAUCCUGCAAGGCCUAGACAAGGUGGCUGAGGAGUGGGCCCAGGGCACCUUCAAAGUACACCCCAAUGAUGAGGACAUCCACACAGCCAAUGAGAGGCGGCUGAAGGAGCUCAUUGGAGACACGGCAGGGAAGCUGCACACUGGGCGAAGCCGUAAUGACCAGGUGGUCACUGACCUCCGGCUGUGGAUGCGGCAGACCUGCUCAGCCCUCUCUGCCCACCUGCGGGAUCUCAUCAAAAGCAUGGUGGACCGGGCGGAAGCGGAGCGGGAUGUCCUCUUCCCGGGCUAUACGCACCUGCAGAGGGCCCAGCCCAUCCGCUGGAGCCACUGGAUCCUCAGCCACGCGGUGGCGCUGACCCGGGACUCAGAGCGGCUGCUGGAGGUGCGGAAACGCAUCAAUGUCCUGCCCCUGGGGAGCGGGGCCAUUGCAGGCAACCCUCUAGGUGUGGACCGGGAGCUGCUCCGAGCAGAGCUGAACUUUGGGGCCAUCACCCUCAACAGCAUGGACGCCACCAGUGAACGAGACUUUGUGGUCGAGUUCCUGUUCUGGGGGUCCCUGUGCAUGACCCACCUCAGCAGGAUGGCCGAGGACCUCAUCCUCUACGGCACCAAGGAAUUCAGCUUCGUGCAGCUCUCCGAUGCAUACAGCACUGGAAGCAGCCUGAUGCCCCAGAAGAAAAACCCAGACAGCCUGGAGCUGAUCCGGAGCAAGGCAGGCCGUGUGUUCGGGCGGUGCGCUGGCCUGCUGAUGACCCUCAAGGGACUUCCGAGCACCUAUAACAAGGACCUACAGGAGGACAAGGAAGCGGUGUUUGAAGUGGCAGAUACCAUGAGCGCUGUCCUCCAAGUAGCCACUGGGGUCAUCUCCACACUGCAAAUUCACCGGGAGAACAUGGCACGCGCCCUGAGCCCUGAUAUGCUGGCCACCGACCUCGCCUACUACCUGGUCCGCAAAGGGAUGCCCUUCCGCCAGGCCCACGAGGCCUCCGGCAAAGCCGUGUUCAUGGCCGAAACCAAGGGGGUUGCCCUCAACCAGCUGUCCCUGCCGGAGCUGCAAAACAUCAGCCCGCUGUUCUCAGGUGAUGUGAGCCACGUGUGGGACUACGGGCACAGCGUGGAACAGUACGGCGCCCUGGGUGGCACUGCGCGCUCCAGCGUCGACUGGCAGAUCAGCCAGGUGCGCGAGCUGCUGCGGGCUCAGCAGGCCUAGCCCCUCCUGGCCCCAGUCCCCAAAUAAAGGCGGAGACACUGUGUCCUA